ACCUAUCAGGUAAUUUGACAAUCGUACGUGACUUCGCUACCUGCUUUCACGAAUCCUGGUGCUUGUUUGUUUGCAAUCACGGGCUCAAAAAUAGCCAAGAACCGCAGUUUCACUGUGUCUGUUUUGGGGGCUACCGAUUGCAUCGGCGUUCAAUUUCGUAGGCCUUUUCACAUUAACUUCAGCAUGGGUGACGCGGUGGAAGGAACUACAGCAACCUCGACAGACAGCACUAGCGAGCAGCAGCCUCUGUCAAUAGCUGAAUCGCUGAGUCACGUGCAAGAUGGACUAAACGUGCACAACAGUGCAUCGCGUGCAAUUUUGCUGCACAUCUGCCAACGCCUCACACGGCUGGAAGCGAGCAUGGAUGAAGCGCGUGGGGACAUCUACCAGCUACGAUACGAGACUAACCAAGGAUCGGAAACUGUUCGAGGCGAAGUUUCGGGGGUGCACGACAGGGUCAACACCAUAACUACCAAGCUAAAAGAGUACCAGAACGUGAUGGAGGUCUUCCAGAACGACAUUCGCUCGCACAAGAACAGCAUCUCGGUGCUGACGUCCAAGGUCAAGAAGGAAAAGGAGCACAUCAAAGUCGUCGAUACGGUGCGUAAAUCUCUCGAGUGAUGGAGAUACCAGGGUGUUUUGCUAACAACAAAUCUUUUGCUUUACCUUGGCAGAAAGUUGAGAAUCACCGCAAUGACUUCAACAAUCGUUUCACAGAGCUGACACAAAAGUUCCAGGAGCUUCCGCUUCAACUCGCAGCGUUGCAGCCCACACCCCCUCCCAGCCACAUACCCGAGAAGUUCACCUUCCAGACCAACGACGAGAAACUAUCACUCCAGACACACCUAAAGCGUCUUGACGGCACGAAACGUGCCCAGGGUUACACGGAUCUGCAGCCUUUCACUAUCCCCGAGGACAUGAAGUCCAAGGUAGAGACGCGAAUCCGGCAGCAAGAGGCGAGCAAGCGCGAGGCCGACGCUCGAGCUGCCGCUGAGCUGUCGGAUGCGUAUCGACGGCUGCAACUUGCUGCAGUCAACAGCAACAACCCUCGACUCAGUGAAAUCCACCUGACGUUGGAUCGAUGCCAGCAAGAAGUGAAGCGCGCGUUCCAGCUGAUCCGCACGUCCAACCUGCAGCUGUACUCGUACUGCGAAUCCAAGGUAGAACGGAUGGAGAUUACGGCGCUACAGAACGAGAUCAAGCAGCUUCGGACUCGUAUGCGCGAGAUCGAGAGUCACCCUCGACAAAAGCAGCUCCAGCUCCAGCUUGGUGGCGAGACUACAGGAGCCCUAUCGGAUGGACUUGUAGUCGGGGACAAGCCUGCCGCAUCCAGCGUGAAGAGGACAGCGCACCACUUGACCAGCUCGCAAAUCCCCGUUCUGCGCGUCUCGCUGCUGGAAUUGUCAAGGAAUUUGAAUCUGCUGAAGCACCGGUGGAAGAAGCACAAGCGACUCAACCCCAACAGCGGCACUAACGUGAAUCCCGUCGCGCAGAAGCAUCUCGACAAGCUGGUGGAGUUGAUCAACGACGCAUACGCCUCCAUGGCGCAGGAGCCGAUCGAUCUUGCAGCGGCUGAGGCUCAUGUGGAGAAAGUCGGUCGCGUGUUGGGAUCGGACUUCUCGAUGCAAAUCUUGGCGCUGCUUGGGGGACGCAGCGAUGAACCGGAGAGCUGUCGAUUCCCUGUGGCAAUCACUGCACGAGCGGCAGCAGGUGAGAUGGCUGCAGCGUUGUGCAAGUACUCGGAAGCGUUCACCGACAUGUUCUUCCGGCACGAGACCGACAACAAGGUGGCAACUGCAGCGAUGAACGAAUGGGCCUCUGAAAAGCGUACCGUGGAGAAUAUCGGCCGGGAAGUGAGCUCCCUCGCUCGCAGUCAGCAUGUGCUUGAGGUGACACUGGCAAGACUCGCCGCUGCGAUGCAGAGGAAGAACUUGGUGAGUGUGGACGGAGACGGAAUGAUCAGUAACGAGAGCGAAGCGGAUGCUUUCCAGUCCUGGACAACGAUGGGGGACGAGUUGCAACAGCUAAAGGGACAGAUCGAGGCGAUGAGCAGACACUUUGUGACUGAAAGUGCACUUGCGGAGAUACUGCGAGACCUUAAACAGAACACACCACCGUUCACAGGCGUCAGUGGGGUUACGAUCGGCCAGAGAUAUCAAGCAGUAACAUCGCCAGUAGGAUCCCCGCCAUCGUCGGCCUCCCUCUUGAAGCGCCCGCCGACCGUCGAAAGCGACUCAUCUGCGAACAAAAUGCUCGCAGCAAUCACGCUGGAACCGCCGGAAGACCGACCGAGGUCCCAGACGAAGCUCGACCCGCUGCAUGGAGUCAAACUCAACGGGUCUAGUCGCCAAUCUGGCAGAGCGGAUACACAAGACAGUCUGGGCUCAGGACAAGGGUCAGCAACAAGUAGAAUUCAGGCUCGAGCACAAAUGCUGCGACCAAAGAGCAUGCAGCGCCCGAACUAAGUACACAAUGGUACAAACCCUUUUGUUUUGUCACCACCGCCUCCAUCGUGUUCUAUUACAAGCAAGUCUCCGAAGCUCAGCAAUCCGUGAGCCUAGCGAUUCAAUAUAAAAAUCAGUUUCU